AUGCCAGCUGCUGCAGUUAAUUAUGUUGAACAACCUAAUCCACGACCUAUAACUUCAUCUUUCGUCGAUAUAUCUACCAUAUAUGGGCGAGAAGUUGAAAAGGAGAGGUUGGUGAGUGACUUGUUAAGGAAGGGGAGGCCCGGCCUUGUCAUCCCUAUUGUAGGGAUGGGGGGAUUGGGGAAAACAACUCUUACCCAAUUAGUCUUUAAGGAUGAAAAAGUUCAAGCUCAUUUUGAUAUCAAAGCAUGGGUUUGUGUCUCAGAACCUUUUGAUGUCAUCAAGAUUGCAAAAGAAAUCCUUGAACUUGUCAGUAUAGAAUCCCAAAAUAGUUCAAUUAGCUUGCAAAAGUUAUUAGAAGAUACUGAGGAACAUAUCAAGGACAAGAAGAUUCUUCUUGUCCUAGAUGAUGUGUGGACAGAAUACCAAACAAAGUGGGAGAGUUUAAGGUUACUAGUACUAAUGCAAACCUGUUCUGAAGGCAGUAGAAUUCUAGUGACCACUCGAAAGCAGGAGGUUGCUCAAAUGAUGAGAGCAACUAGUGACAUGAUCACUUUGGGGAAGUUGAGUCAUUUAGAUUAUUUGAAACUAUUCAAUAGUGUUGCAUUUCUGGAUAGGGAACAAGAUAAGUCCAACAAGGGGUUUGGAGAUAUUGCUGAGAAAAUUGUUAGAAAAUGUGACGGUUUGCCUUUGGUUCUGAAGACUUUAGGCAGUCUCCUAUUGCAUAAGCAAACAAUUAGAGAAUGGGAAGAAGUUCUCAACAGUGAGAUAUGGAAGGUAAAAGUGGUUCAAGAAGAAGUUUUUCGACCAUUAUUACUCAGUUAUUAUGAUUUGGCUAUGGAGAUUAAGAGUUGCCUUAUGUAUUGUGCUACUUAUCCCAAAGAUUUUGAGUUCCAAAAAAACACUCUUAUCGAGCAGUGGAUCUCACUAGGCUAUUUGAAUAUUGGAGGAAACAAAGAAGAGGCAACACAAGGUAGAGAAGUUUUUACUAAGUUAGUAAUGCGAUGUUUCUUCCAAGAUUUCAGGCAAGAUGCACUUACCAAGGAAAUUGUUGGCUGCAAAAUGCAUGAUAUUGUGCAUGAUUUUGUACAAUAUCUUACCCAGAAUGAGUGUCUUACUAUGGAGGCUAAGGGUACCCAUGGAAUAGAGACACCGAGUGCAAAUGAUAGGGUUCACCAUUUGACCGUAAUGUCAGCACUCGAGGAUCUACUUCCAUCUUUUAUAUCAAAAUUAGGGAAUGGCAAAAUUUUGCGUACCCUGACAACUUUUGGUUCAAAUAUUACUGCCAUAGAGUCAGAUUUGAUUUCACAGUUGAAACGUCUAAGGACUUUGAAUUUGAGUGACAACAACAUGCAGCAGUUGCCGGAGGAGAUUGGUGAUUUGAUACAUUUGAGAUAUCUUAAUUUGUCUUAUAAUGAUAAUUUGAGGAGAUUACCCGACAUCGUGUGUAAUUUGUACAAUUUGCAAACUUUGAGGCUUGAUUACUGCCCCCUUGAAGAGUUGCCAGACAAUAUGGGAAGUUGA